AAAUACACUUAGACAACGUAGAAAUAGAGAAAAGGAAUCACCUAAAAAACAUAGAGAAUGUCUCUUGAAUAACCAAAAUAGAAAACUCAAGAGUAAAGCAAAAGAAACUGCAGAAGAACAUGAAGAAUGGCUUGUAUGUGAUCGAGAGCAAAAAUGCCAAAAAGCAGGGAAAAAAACUAUUUUGUCAGAAGAGACAGAACGAUCUGUAAUAGCAGUAAUCAUAGAAACAACAGACCAAACUGAACAGAUUAUCACGAGAACAUUUCCCACUAUAUCUUGA